ACGGUCCAUUUCUUACCAAGGUCCCCCAACCCACGGCCCGGGACGCUUCUUUGGGCAACCUCCAACCGGCCAUUCCGGUCACCGCCGCCAUCGCCGCCGUCUUCGUCGUCACUGCCCAUUACUCUGUCCCCUUAACCGUCAAAAGAGUGAGACCAUAACCAACUCUCUCCUUCUCAUUCCCAUCGCCUUCUCAAUCCCCACUCACCAUGCUUCUUCCCCGUUUUGCCCCUCCCCCUCCUCUCUAUUUCCCCGUCUCCGCCGCUCGUCGCCGCCUCUCCCUGGUCGGAGCCAACCACACCUCCGCUCGCUUCUGCUCCCGAUAAUCCGUACCUCUCUCUCUCCUUCUCCCUCUCUCCAUCUCUCUGUGUAUUCGUCUCGCUCUCAGAUCUGACUCUAGAUCGCAGUCUCUCCCACGAUGGAGCCGUCUCCGGCCAAAUCGAGCUUCCUCAGGAACAUCCUCGUGCGGGCGCUGCUCUUCGGCGUCGUUCUCAUCGUCGUCCGCUUCGCCUACGUCGUCACCAUCGCCGGCGAGUCCUGCAACCUCGGCGAUUUCUGCUUCUUCUCCUUGCCUGAGAACAUCAACCUCGUCAUCGCCGGAGCUGGCUCAGGCGCUUCCGCCUCCGCCGCCGUCGUCAAAGAGGUCGCCAAGUCCCAAUCGACGGCUCCCAAGCGCCGCGACAUCCGCAAGAGCAAGGAGUGGAUUAAGGCUGUUCGGUUUUACUCCUCGGUGUUCCAGGAUCUGAUGGUGGACGCGUUCCUGUCGCCGGGCCAGAGAACUCUGUGCGUGGGUUCUGUCGUUGGCGAGGACGUUUUCGCUUUGAGGGACAUUGGCGUGAUGGACUCGAUUGGGAUUGCCAAAAAAGCGUCUCCUCCGUUGGUUAAAUCCGGGGAGCUACAUCGCCUGCCUUUCGCCAACGACACUUUCGAUUUUAUCUUCUCCGGUGGCGGCCACUUUGACAGAUUCUUGAGGCCGGUGGAUGUCGCAGCCGAGCUCGAGAGGACGCUGAAACUCGAAGGGUUUCUUGUUGUGCAUGUAAGGGCUAAUGAUACCUAUAGUUUCAAUUCUUUCCUUGAGAUGUUCAAGCAUUGCACGCUGCUAAGGUCGCACGACAUUGAUGGUUUUGAAUCUUCAGUGCCACGAAUAAGGGAAAUUGUUCUGAAGAAAGUUGGGGAUUCUGACAUUCACAGCCAUUUGAUUAGGAAAAGUAAAGUCAGUUCAGGGAAUAGGUGCUCUGUCCCGGAAUAUAAGCACAAAUUGGUCCGAAAUGCAGAGCCAUUGAUAAAGGAGGAACCCUUGAAACCUUGGAUUACAUUGAAAAGGAAUAUACAGAACAUAAAGUAUUUGCCAUCAAUGGUUGAUAUCAGUUUCAAGAAUAGAUAUGUGUACGUCGACAUUGGAGCUCGGAGUUAUGGGUCUAGUAUAGGUAGUUGGUUCAGAAAACAGUAUCCCAAGCAGAACAAGACUUUUGAAGUCUAUGCAAUUGAGGCGGAUAAGACCUUUCACGAUGAGUAUAAAACGAAGAAGGCAGUCACAUUGUUGCCAUAUGCGGCAUGGGUAAAGAAUGAGUCACUGUUCUUCGAAAUAAAUCGAGACCCCGACCACAAGGUUGAGGUUGUUAAGGGGAGAGGAAUGGGCAGGAUUCAGCCUAAACAGUCAUCUGCUAAAUCUGAUGGAGAGGUUAUCCAGAUCAAAGGGUUUGACUUGGCAGAAUGGUUGAAGAGGACAGUGUCUGCGAAGGAUUUUGUGGUGAUGAAAAUGGAUGUAGAAGGGACUGAAUUCGACUUGAUUCCACGGCUCUUUAAAAGUGGAGCCAUCUGUUUGAUCGAUGAGAUAUUUCUUGAGUGCCAUUACAAUCGGUGGCAGAGGUGUUGUCCCGGUGAGAGGAGUCCAAAAUAUGAAAGAACUUACGGAUCAUUAUACUUCUUUGCCACUGGAGUUGUUGGGGAAAGUUUCUUCAGAGCUGAUAAUUCUAAUGACACGGACGCAAUUCCUUUUGCGGAAAGAAAGAAGGGGGAAAAAAAAGGCUACAGGAAGUUUGUUUUACUGCUCCCAGGAAGAGAGGGAAGUGGACUCCAUAAAUGCAAGCUACUGCUGUUUAAGGUUUUGACGUGGGCGCAUGGUCUGAAGCCGAAAUUCGUAUAGGCCAGGUAAAAAAACUCUUCCUUCAUUGCCUAAGUUGUGGCCAUCUAUAGAGAAAUCCAUUGCCCAAGUUGCGCAGACAAACUGAAAAGAUCCCCGGGCCGGUGCCGAUAAUGCAAUAAUGCGACGGCUUCUAUUAUUGGGCAGGGAAGCCACAUUCCCAUGUGUUCUGUCGGCAUCACCACUUGUUAUGCCAGUAUGGCAAGCUCUACACUUCUAGCUAUAACAAGCUGGGAUGCUGAACCUCGUGUGUUUUUUGGUUGGGAGGAAUCUGUGUAGGGCCUUGUGUUUAUAGACGCUCCAAUUAUCAUAUAUGACUUUUGAGACACUUACGGCAUGAAUGAUAAUCAUUUUAUUCUAGGGAGUUAUUUCUAGCCAAAAAUAG